AUACAACAUUUUCAUCCACCUCCAAUUAUCUCUUAUACAAAACACUAACAUAUACGAGUAUUGCACUCACUCACGAUGAUGAAAGGUGCUCAUUUCCCUACAGCUGCUGCUUUUGCCCUAUUGGCAUUGGCAACCUUCCACCUUGUAUCUGCCUCUGAUCCUAGUCCUCUCCAAGAUUUCUGUGUAGCACUUAACACCACACAAACUGUUGUUUCUGCUGUGUUUGUGAAUGGAAAAUUCUGCAGGGACCCAAAGCUUGCAACAGCAGAUGAUUUCUUCUUUUCCGGGCUCCGGAUUCCUGGAAACACAUCAAAUCCGCUAGGUUCCGACGUCACCCCAGCUAAUGUGGAGCAAAUAGCAGGGCUGAACACUCUUGGGAUAUCCCUAGCUCGCAUAGACUUUGCACCAAAUGGCGGACUAAACCCUCCUCACACCCACCCUCGAGCCACGGAAGUCCUUAUGGUCAUGGAAGGCACUCUCUACGUUGGCUUCGUUUCAUCUGACAACAGCCUCUUCACCAAAGUGUUGUACAAGGGAGAUGUGUUUGUCUUCCCAGUUGGUCUCAUUCACUUCCAGUUCAACAUCGGAAAGGAUAAAGCCGUAGCCAUUGCAGCUCUUAGCAGCCAGAAUCCAGGUGUCAUCACCAUAGCCAAUGCAGUGUUCGGCUCCAACCCUCCAAUCAACCUUGAUGUUCUCACCAAGGCCUUCCAAGUUGACAACAAUGUCGUUCAGUAUCUCCAGAAACAGUUCUGGUAUGACAACAAUUAAGAACAUGCUAUAACAAAUGUAUUACGAUGGCCAUAUGUGCCAUAUUGUACGACACAUAAUCUAAUUAAGCUUAAUUAAAAAUAAGACGGUAGUUACUUAUGUAAUA